AUGUCUGUUGUCAUUGCUUUCCAGGUGCGUGGGAUCAAGGGGGUCUUCCUGGCCAAUCAGAAGGUGGAUGGCAAAGUGCGGACUCUCAUCACCUAUAACAAAGGCCGAGACUGGGAACCGCUAGCUCCGCCUACUACUGACAUGAACGGCAAACCGGUCAACUGCAAAUCACCUGACUGUCACCUCCACCUCCACCUGCGCUGGGCUGACAACCCCUACGUAUCAGGGACCGUCCACACCAAAGACUCAGCCCCCGGACUCAUCAUGGGCGCAGGUAACUUGGGUUCCCAGCUGGUGGAGUAUAAAGAAGAGAUGUACAUCACCUCUGACUGUGGGAAGACCUGGAGACAGGUGUUUGAGGAGGAGCAUCACAUCCUGUACCUGGACCAUGGAGGGGUCAUCGUUGCCAUCAAAGACACCUCCAUCCCUCUCAAAAUACUCAAGUUCAGUAUUGAUGAGGGACGCACCUGGACCAUCCACAACUUCACAAGCACCUCAGUGUUCGUGGACGGACUUUUGAGCGAGCCGGGAGAUGAGACGUUGGUCAUGACGGUGUUCGGUCACAUCAGCUAUCGGUCAGACUGGGAGCUGGUCAAGGUGGACUUCAGACAGUCAUUCCCCAGACAAUGUACAGAGGGAGACUACGACUCCUGGAAACUCACAGAUCUGCAGGGAGAGAAGUGCAUCAUGGGUCAGGAGAGGAGUUUCAGGAAGAGGAAGGACACUGCGUUCUGUAUCAAGGGGAGGAGCUACACCUCCGCCCUGACUACCAAGCCCUGCCAGUGCUCCGAGAAAGACUUCAACUGUGACUAUGGGUUUGAACGUGCCCAGAGCCUCAAAACAGAGGGAGAUAGAUGCUUCGCUGACUUCUGGCACGACCCAGACUCACCGCCCGACGACUGUCACCAGGGACACAACUUUGAGUCCAGUACUGGGUACAGGAAGGUUGUGUCCAACUUGUGUGAAGGGGGAGUGAACAAGCAGCAGAGCGCCAAGCAGCACACCUGUCCUCUGCUGCCGCCCAGAGGCCUCCAGCUGGGCAUCAAAGGACAGAUGCUGGCUGUGGCGCCUGGUGAUGACAUCACCUUCAUUGUCCACCAGGAGCAGGGUGACACCAGCAGCACUAAGUACCAGGUGGAUCUGGGGGACGGGAUGAGGGCCAUCUACCAGAACCUGACGGUGACAGACGAACCCAUCCAGCACCGCUACGAUCAGCAGGGAGUCUACCGCGUCACCGUCAAGGCUGAGAACGUUGCCGGACACGACCAGGCCACCAUAUAUAUCCAGGUCACAGCCCCUCUACAGGAAGUUCACCUAGAAGUAGUUCCCAUCGCCGGGAUUAACCAGGAAGUCAACCUGACAGCUGUGGUACUUCCCUUUGAGGCCAACCUGACUGUCUUCUACUGGUGGAUAGGAGACAACCUGCAGCCCAAGAUGUCCCUGGGGAACAGUCUGAUAACGAGGUUCCCUGAGGAAGGAGAGGUGUCUGUCACCGUCCAGGCCUCUAACGGACGCUCCAUGGUGCAGGACACCAAGAACGUCCACGUCUACGACCGUUUCCAGGUCAUCCCCCUUGCCUUCAGCAGUAACCUGGACCGCCUCAACCCAAACAUUCCAGAGUGGAGGGAGGACGUGGGUCAGGUGGUCACCAAGAUAUUGGCAAAGAUCACAGGUAUCCCCCGGGUGUCCCUGGUAACCAUGGUGAAGCGGGGACUGCCCACCACAGCUGACCUGUACGUUCUCCCACCAGAGAGCCAGCGUGAUAAGAGGAGCGUGUUUGUGGAUAAGCGUAUCCCUGCCAUCAAGCAGGCCUUCAACGACAACAACGUUAGCUUCAUUGUACGAGGAGGUCUACAGGUGUUGGUGACGCUAGCUGACCCGAACGCAGGUAACCAAAGCAUCCUACUGGCAGCGCUGGGACGACUGGCGGCACUGGGCAGACUGACGGCGCUGGGCAGACUGGCGGCGCUGACGUCGCUGGGCAGACUGCCGGCGCUGGGCAGACUGGCGGCGCUGGGCAGACUGGCAGUACUGGCGGCGCUGGGCAGACUG